GUUAAAUCUAGCCACUUUCUACCAAGAUACACGUGCGAAGCAGCCGCUGUCUUUAUCCGCAUGGUUCAUGCGAAAAAUUCUAGACAAACAUGCGCUUCAACAUCGGACUUUCGGCAUUGCUUAUAUUUGCAUCCAGUGUAACAUGUUUCCCGCAAGAUUGGAAAGCGUUAAUUCCUCCCGAUGAUCUGACGACCGUCACAUCGGGAGCGCUGCAGAAAACAACGGCACCGCUGGAUUUAUUCCAGGAAGAUGUGCGCGGCUGUAAUGCGGAUAAGAAUCCCGGGUGUCCGUUGUUAACGCUCCCCACGGAUUUCUACAAAUCCCCGGAUAAUGAUAAAGUCGUCUUUGCCUACCAGUUUGACGACACCGUCGAUGGUGAUCCGCAAAUGUCCGCGCUGAUCCUGGAAGCCUUCGCCAGCGUGGAAACCGCCACCGAGUGUAUCACCUUCAAGUCGGCCACCGAUGUGUUUGCCGACAACUCCUUGCCGGAUAUGCCGACCAUCGUGAUCAAGAAGGAUAAGAAAAACUGUGCCGGUGAAUUUGGGGGGACACGGCGCAUCGACAAGACGUCGGCCCGCAUCGAGCAUAAUCUCUACCUCAACAGCGACUGUCUCCAGGGAAAACAGGGGAACGUACAGCGGCUGCUGAUGCUGGCGCUGGGCUUCCCGCACGAGCACGUGCGCAGCGAUCGGGAUAAUUAUAUUUCCAUCAACAUGGACAACGUCAUUCCCGCGCGUAAAAAAGAAUUCGAGAAGAACGCUCCCGAAAUAGCUUAUUUACCGAAAUACGAUUACGACUCCGUUCUGCAUCCCGGCUACGUCUUCUCCGCCGUGGACCCCAAAAUCCCCACCAUUGUGGCUAAAACCGGCGUGAAGAUUGGGCAGCAUGAUCAGAUGAGUGAAGGCGAUGCCGCCAAGAUUCGACGUUUGAUUUGCGACGCAACUGCCACGGCGCCACUGAAACUCAGCCAGCCCAGUGACGAUGCGGGCAAACAUCCGGUGAAUCCCUUAGCCAAAGCUACCACGACACCGGAGCCGGAGGAGAAGAACCCGGCGACGCCAGCGCCGCGGGCACCGCAGCCAGCGCCACCAGUCACUCAGGUGCAAAUCAAGGACUCAAAGACCCCGAAACCCGCACCGGCCACCACAACGACCGAAGAACCAAAGGAAUCGGCAGGCCCGGAGGAGGCCAAUCCACCGACAGGGAUUGCGCCCACCGCAACGCAAAAAUGCAGCGGGGAUCUCUACUUGCGAAUUCGCAACCGACAGAUGUACUGGUGGACCAAAGGCAAUUCGGCCAGUGAAUGGGAGAGCACGUUGUACCAGUGCACGACCACAUGGUUCGUGCCCGAUACGGAUGAAACCGCGGACUUCUUGAAGACGACAAUCCGGUUCAAGGACGGCCCAACGGAUGCACCCAAACGGAUCCGCACCGAAGUGCAGGAUGCCUCCAAACGGGUCCUUCGCACGGAGUACCCGACCCUCUCCAUGGAGAAGGACGGUUAUUUCCUGCAGACUAAAGUGGAAACCCUCACGGCCCAGUGCGUGCCGCCGUCGGAUAUGCCGCCGACGGGCGCACCCGAAGAUCGCGAAAAGAAAAAACAAGAGUGUAAAAAGGGAUGGUAGAAUAGCCUUUUUGCUAGAAGUACUGAAUCAUUGCGGUUGUGCUCCCGGUGAGCAACCCUGAUAUGGGUAUAACACACUCUGGAUGGUGGAGCUUGUGAUGUGAUACGGGCAGAAAAAAUACAAAAAUCUGAAUGAAGUA